UUCUACCGGAAGCCAGACUUUCCGUUGGGCUACUUGACAGUGCGUGUUUUCGUUGUCACAAACAUGGAUGAGUCAGAUAAUCGAUUAUCUUGUCUGCUUUUUCAUCAGGAGAUGUAGCGUCAGCCUCUGGAAACACUGAAGGAAAACUUUAUCUUGAAUCGGUCGCCGGAAACUAAAAUCUGGCGGUUUGUUUUUCUCGAGUAAAGAGAGGUUAAUCCGUUGUUCGCCGAUUGAGGGUGUGCUCCUUUUGUCUCUGUGUUGUUUUUGUCGUGUCAACAUGGACAUGUACGGAUACAGCGGGGUCUUCAUGGUGAAAAGAUUCUUGGACAAUGGCGUGUUUGAAGUGACAAACAUGUCUGACAUCAACAAGGCGAAUCCUCACGGCUGCGACAACGGAGCUCUGACGGACAGGUUCGGCGUCUUGAUCCAGGGACUCCUGGCUAUCGUCGCCUUCAGUACGCUGAUGUUGAAGAGGUUCCGGGAGCCUGUAGGGAUCAGACGGCCGUGGAGGAUCUGGUUUUUUGACACAUCCAAGCAGGCCAUUGGCGCUCUUUUCAUCCACUUUGCCAAUGUCUUCCUGUCCACGCUCACCAAAGAGGACCCAUGCUCCCUGUAUCUGAUGAACUUCCUGCUGGAUGCCACGUUGGGGAUGCUGGUCAUCUGGUUGGCUGUGAAGUUGGUGUCCAAACUAGUGGAGUACAAGCAGUGGACACUGCUCAUGUUUGGAGAAUAUGGUGACCCCCCCCAGGCAGCAGCAUGGCUGGGUCAGUGUGGCAUCUACCUGCUCAUCAUGGUGCUGGAGAAAGGUGUGAUCAGCCUGGUGCUGCUCGUCCCCGGAUGGUCCAAAUUGCAGGAGGUGUUGCUGAGCUACAUUGCUAACCCUCAGGUGGAGCUGGUGCUGGUCAUGCUCAUUGUGCCCUUCAUAGUGAACUCCAUCAUGUUCUGGGUGGUGGACAGCCUGAUGAUGAGGAAGUACAAGACGAUGAAGAGCCUGGACGACUCCUGUGACAGCUCGGUGAAGAGCGCAGACUCGCUGCUCUGGGCGAACAAUGAGGAGUCACGGGUCCUGCUGACCGUCGAGACAGACACAGACGAGGCUUCAGAGGGGGAAGAAGAGCCCGGCGAUGUCGGACCAGUCCCUCAUGUGCAGUAUUCUGGAGGACCCCUGAGACCCAGCUGGGUGGUGGUGUAAACCCAGGUGAUGUGACCUCUUACCCGUCCGUCCACUAUCCACACACAACACACAAAACACUCAAGAGCCUAAUUAUGAGCAAACACAAAAAACCUCCUCAGAUUAAAGGUCUAAAUGUCAGCUUCCUUGUAAGCUGAGGCACACAACCUGUGAAUGUGAACACUACAGCCUCAGCGGUCUUCCUUUGCACUAAAGGUGUGAAUAGUUACAACUGGAGCUUGACUCAGUGUAUGCAUGUAUCAAAUAGCAUUUUGGGAAUUAUCCUCUCACCUUGCUGCCUCCGUUUGCUGCAAGACAACAUCAGAGUAACCACAACUGAACGUGUGUGGAGAGAGAUUAUUAAGGAGCGCAGCACCCGCAGGGCAAAAUGUGCGGGUGGUAAUGACAAAGACGGACAUAAAUCUGUCUUUUCUCCACACUGGGGACUUUUGGGAAUGAUGUUGCUCUAAAGAGAGUUAUUUAUCACGUAUCAUAUUCCAAAGAGGAGCAAAUAAAUAAAGUAUAUAUAUUAAGUGCUCUAAGAUUUUACUGUCAGAUAUAAUCACUUCAAAUCCACCUUUUUAAUUUGUAACGUUCUCCCUCUGGCUGCCUAUUAAGUUUGAAAGGUGGUUAAUGGUCUUUUUUUUUUGUUUUUGUUUUUUGUUUUUGGCUGCUGCAGUCAUGACGGACCAAACGUGUUGAAAGCCGUGGUUAUAUGGAAAGGUUUUAGUUCAUUGCAACCAACUUUAAAAAAAAUGUGUAUGUGGGCAGGAAAUCGUUUCAUGUCAUGGUUUAAAGGACCAGGUCACACUGUUUCUGCAAUGAUUUGUAUAUUUUCUGUAUACGAUGGCGUAUUGGGGCCACUGAGAUUUUCAGAAUAAUGUCGGAAUAUUUUAAGAAAAAGUUGGAAAUGGUAUGAGGAAAAAGUUGGAAUAUUACAAGAAUAAAGUCAUAAUUUUCCGAGACAAAUGUCAUUAUAUUUUAGGGGAAAAUUAGUCUGAAUGUUUCUAGAGUACCCUCAGUACCCUGUGUUUGUGCUAGACUCCCCAAGAGUUAAUGCAGAUGAGAAGAUGAAUACCAUUCUCAUGUCAGUACACUAAAUAUAAAACUACAGCCAGCAGCUGAUUAGCUUAGCUUAGCUUAGCUUAGCACAAACAGGGGGGAACAGCUAGCCUGGCUCUGUCAAGUCAAGGUAACAAAAUCUAUCUACUAGCACCUCUAAAGCUCAGUAAUUAACAUGUUAUAUCUUGUUUAAUCUGUACAAAAUCCCAAGUGUAAAAACAACAUGUUGGGGUUUCACGAGGAGUUAUAUGGGGGACUAUUUCUUGGUCGGGAGCAGUGACUUCCUGAACUUCCUACCUUUUUUACACAGGCAGGCUAGCUGUUUCCCCCUGUUUCCAGUAUUUGUGCUAAGCUAAGCUAACCGUAUCCUCGCUGUAGCUUAAUAUUUAACGGAGAAAUACUAGAGUGGUAUUGAUCUUCAGCAAGAAUGCAAAUAAGCGUAUAUCCAAACAUGUCAAACCACUCCUUUUUUUUUUAAAUGACGUUUUGUGAUAAGAACUGACCUUUUGGUAGUGAUAUCUUUCAAAAUAUAGCGACUCAUUUCUUGAAAUGUUAAAAUUAAGCUCUUGUUUAUUAAUUUUUUUCUUAAGCGUGCAAGUUUAUUUUCAUAACAUUAUUUUUUCAAAAUAUUAUGACUUUAUUCUCAAAAUCUCUUUUUUUCCCUAAAAAAUGUCCCAAAUACUCCAUCAUAGUAAGACUCAGUGGGAUGAUACGGUAGCUGUGUAUUAAACUUCUGCAAGUUUUGGCACAUUUCUUUUAUUUAUUCUAUUCAUGUUAUAUGUAUUUGACUUUAUAUAUUGCGGUCCAAUAUGUGGUAACAACAUUGGAAUAAGACGUCUUUAGUGAGUAAAGCUAAUGGGAGAAUUUUGAGAGUCAUCGCCAAACUACAGAUGGUAAAUAAGUUCUAGAUUCAGUGUGAAUUAAGUACGUGAUUGGCGUACUUUUCUUUAUAUAUUCUGCUAUUUAUCAUCAAAACAUUUCCAUUCUCCUGUUAAAAUUUAUGGUUUUAAAAACCGAAAGGUCUAGUUUGACAUACUCCGUCUGUAAUUUUUUUUAUUUUGUAUUCCAAUGUAUGUUGUAUGUAUUUUUUUUUUUUUUAUGCGGAUAAAAUGGCACAGCACGUCCUGAAGUGUCAUUAACAGGCCGUCAACUACCACGGUGCUUCUUACCGAAUGUAUCUCAUUAAUCUGUACUAUGAAUAAAGAUGAUUGACACAUGAA